UCCAGGGAUAUCCCUGAUGUGCCCAAGGUGUCACUCAGGCAGUGCCAGCAAAGAGAAGGAGGAUUCCCAUUGUGUUUGGAGCAGCCUUCACUCUUCUCUGUAGCUCCCAGCUGCCUGGCUGAGCCAGCCCAUGAACCAGCCUGCCUCCUGACUGGGGUGGUAGUGGCAGCUGGGAAGAGAAGAGAGUGAAGCUGCUCUGGGUGUGCAGCCUGACCCGGCGUCCCCUCAGCACUGCACGGGGCCACCAGCCCUGUGUGCUACAGCUGCAGGCUUCGACUCGCUGGAGGAAACUGCAAGUGAAGAAGUUUAAUGUUUGCUUCAGCUGAAGAGAAUAUUUCCCAAGUCCUGGUGGGAAAAGGUGAAAAAGAGGACCAGAGGAUGUUGCUAUGGUAUGGAGAUGACAGGAAGCCAUGACUAGAAGGGGGAUUGUCAACAGGAAACCAAGCACCGCAGCCAAUGUGGCUCUGAUGUACAGUACAGCUGCUGCACUGCGCUGCCUGCUGGACUCUGAGGCCUGGGGAGCACUGCCUGUCCCCAAGAGAGAUUCUCCUGUCCAUUUGUCUGCUGGAGUCUGAAUUAUUCUGCACCUGGUUAAUCCACUUUGCUGGAGCUGGCAGACCCUGGGCUUUUUUUCUUGACACCACCUACCUGAACAGCUAUGGGGAGAAAACCGUGUGUGUGAGCAGCCUUCCUGGGCUGGCAGCCGAGCACUCCACAGAGCCCAGGCAGCUUUGAGGGGUCUUGGCUGUUCAGUGCUCUGCAGAUAUGAACGCUGAGCUUUGGGCCUGGUUGUUCUCACCAUGCUAGUACAUGGGAAGGACGACUUCCUCUCAGACAUAGCCUACAUCAUCCUGGAACUGAUCAUCGCUGUGCUGGCCAUCCUGGGCAACAUCCUGGUCUGCUGGGCCGUCUAUUUGAACAGCAACUUGCAGAACGUCACCAACUAUUUUGUGGUGUCCCUGGCUGCAGCUGACAUUGCUGUGGGGGUGCUGGCAAUCCCCUUUGCCAUCACCAUCAGCACUGGCUUCUGUGCCUUCUUCUAUGGCUGCCUUUUUAUAGCCUGCUUUGUCCUGGUCUUGACUCAGAGCUCCAUCUUCAGUCUCCUUGCUAUUGCCAUUGACAGAAUCAUUGCCAUCCGAAUACCCCUCAGGUACAAUGGCUUGGUGACCGGCUCUCGAGCCAAAGGCAUCAUUGCCAUCUGCUGGGUGUUGUCCUUCAUCAUUGGCCUGACCCCAAUGCUGGGGUGGCACAAGCGUGCCCAGAUCGAAGAGCUGGGUUCCAACUGGUCCUCUCCCAUCAACUGCAGCAACAGCAUGGUGGCGUGUCUCUUUGAGGCUGUUGUCACCAUGGAGUACAUGGUCUACUACAACUUCUUUGCCUGCGUGCUCCUGCCCCUCCUUCUCAUGUUUGGUAUCUACUUGAAAAUCUUCAUGGCAGCCCGGCGCCAGCUCAAGCAGAUGGAGAACAAGAUGGUACACGGGGAACGUUCCCGCUCCACGUUGCAGAAGGAAGUCCAUGCAGCCAAGUCUUUAGCCAUCAUUGUCGGGCUGUUUGCAGUCUGCUGGCUUCCACUACACAUCAUUAACUGCUUUACCCUUUUUUGCCCAAAUUGCGCCCACGCUCCCCUCUGGCUGAUGUAUCUGGCUAUUAUCCUGUCUCACGCUAACUCGGUUGUAAACCCCCUAAUUUAUGCCUACCGCAUCAGGGAGUUCCGACACACCUUCCGUAAAAUCAUCAGCCAGCACAUCCUGGGCCGCAAGGAGCCGUUCAAAGCGGGAGCAGCCAGCUCCAGGACUUCCACCCACGGCGGGGACGCAGAGAACGCCAGCAUACGGAUCAGUGAGUAUGCACUAGAGGUAUACACCAACGGAGAGAUCCACAGGGAUCCCGAAAAGCAGGACUUAAACAAAUGCAAAGCUGGCUUGGAAUGGCACCAGAAUGGAAAUGCUCUGGACUUGGAGACAAAUGGGCAUCUGCCACAUUCCUGCAAAAAUGGGAUUCUCUCAGAUGCAUGCCUGAACAGGGAGCUUCACAGUGAAGAGCUAAUUGAUGCCCAGGUGUCUUAUUCAGAUCUGGAAAGAGCAGCCUUUGCUGCAGCUGAUGUUUCCUGAUGAGACUUUUGAAGUUUUCCUGGUAGAAUUAUUUUUUUUUUCCAUUGGUGACCUCUGCCAUGGCAGAACAGAGGUUGGGGGGUGGGGGGAGAGCAGUGUAUUCAGAUCGCUGUGGAGAAAGGGGUCCAUAUCCAGGACUAUUGGAUGAUCCUAAAUACCAGACUGGAGAAAAGCCAAGAGAUCACUGAAGUGGACUAAGGAAGGAGGGACAAGUUACCCAUCAAUGACCUGUCACCAAGAGCAGUGCCAAGGUCGAGGAUGGCAUUCCAAGUUCAGCACUGGGAGACUGCUGAUGCAGGGAUUUCAGGACACUUUGCUGUACUGUGCCUGUGGUUGAGUGUUGGUUUCGCUGUCUUUACCAAUGGAAAUAGAAGCGUGGCUGGAAGUACUCCCUGAAUAACAAAGAGCAACUGGAAUGGCCUCUGAGUACUGUGGCCCUGCAACAAGCAGAAGAGGAGAUAGCAAAAUCUGUUAUCAGGAAGGAUGCCAGGAGCUGCUUGGAGAGGGAAGGAAUUUACCUGAUGGGAACUCGAUACUUUCAAACAUGGCACUUUGUCUUUCAUUUUGUGUUCUUAAAGCUUAUACUGCAACAGGUUGCUCAAAUGGUUUUUUCCCACAUGAUGAUAAGGUUACUUUAUGUUAACUUAUAAAAGAUGGGCAAGAACUCA